AUGAAGAACUCAGAAGGCUGGGACGGCAAAUUACGAGUCGAGCCCAAGGCCGUCAUCACGAAUCCAGAAGCUCUAGAGGACUCGGAUUAUUCGGACCCGGAGGCACCGCCCGUCGAGGAGAUCGACGCGGACGAAGAUCUACUGGCGGAUGAGGAUGUGAACGUCGAGGAUAUCGACCUGGUUCAUUGUCGCGUAUCGUCGCUCACUGCACUGCGCUUGGAACGGUUCACGAAGCUUCAGAGACUAUGUUUGCGCCAGAACCAAAUAACACGCAUCAAUUUCCCAACGGAACUCGCCGAGACAUUGACGGAGCUUGAUCUCUACGAUAACCUCAUUUCGCACGUCAAGGGCCUGGAUGAGUUCCACAACCUGACCAGCCUGGAUGUUAGCUUCAAUAAGAUCAAGCAUAUCAAGAAUGUGGACCACCUGAAGAAAUUGACGGACCUCUACUUUGUCCAGAAUAAGAUCUCGCGUAUUGAAGGGUUAGAGGGACUGGACAAGUUGCGGAAUCUGGAACUGGGAGCGAAUCGCAUCCGGGAAAUCGAGAAUCUCGACACACUUGCCUCUCUCGAGGAGCUCUGGCUCGGGAAGAACAAGAUCACGGAGAUGAAGAACCUGGACGCUCUCUCCAACCUCCGCAUCAUUUCAAUCCAAUCCAACCGCCUCACCAGCAUCACCGGACUCUCCAACCUCCCAAACCUGGAAGAGCUCUACCUCUCCCACAACGCCAUCACUGAACUCUCCGGCCUCGACUCCACCCCCACCCUCCGUGUCCUCGACUUCUCUAACAACCAAGUCUCCCACCUUGAGCACCUCGGCUCACUGAAGAACCUGGAAGAGCUGUGGGCGUCUAAUAACCAGCUCGCCAGCUUUGACGAGGUCGAGCGGGAGCUGAAGGACAAGGAGAAGUUGGAGACAGUGUAUUUCGAAGGCAAUCCACUGCAGACAAAUGGCCCGGCCGUGUAUCGGAAUAAGGUUCGAUUGGCGUUGCCGCAUAUUAAGCAGAUUGACGCGACCUAUGUACGAGUGUGA